AUGAAAGAAAUUGAAGUUUGGGAAAAUGUAUUAAAAUGGGGUCUUGCAAAAAAUCAAACCAUUGUUUCAAAACCUCUUGAUAAAUGGACAGAUGAUGAUUUUAAAACAAUAAAAAAUACUUUACAGCACUGUAUACCUUUGAUUAGAUUUUAUAGUUUAUCACCUAAAGAUUUCUUAUGUAAAAUAUAUCCUUAUAAAAAAUUACUUGAUCAACAACUUUUUGAAAGUUUGUUAAGUUCUUAUAUGAAUCCUGACAGUGAACCAAGUGAUAAUAACAUUUUGCUUCCCAGAAAUAUAAAAAUUGAUGAAAUUAUUGAUACAAAAAUUGUUAAUUUGAAUAUAAUUUCGAUUAUUUUUAGAUGGAUUAAUAAUGUGGAUUAUAAUAGUAAAUAUUCAUAUUUGAGAGAGUUAUAUUUACCAUACAAAUUUAAAUUGAUAUUAAGAGGAAGCAGAGAUGGAUUUACUCCUACAAAAUUUCAUGAAUUGUGUGAUAAUAAAUCUAAUACAAUUACAUUUAUUAAAGUAAAAGGAACAGAUGAAAUUCUUGGUGGAUAUAAUCCUUUAACAUGGACACCUUCUGGAAGUUAUCAUCAAACUAUGCAUAGUUUUAUUUUUUCCUUUAAGA